AGGAACCCACCGCCAGCUCUGCUCCAGUGGACGAAAACAAGAUUUUCCCAAUGGACUCUCUAGCAAAAUCAAUCAACCAAUUUGCUCUGGAGUUUAGCAAAAAGCUAGCUGAAUCUGCUGAGGGUAAAAAUAUCUUCUUUUCUCCCUGGGGCACCUCAACCUCCUUGGCCAUGGUGUAUUUGGGCACCAGAGGUACCACUGCAGCCCAGAUGGCCCAGGUUCUACAAUUUAGCAGAGACCAGGACAGCAAAUCUUGUCCUGACAGUGAAAAGAAAAGGAAAAUGGAAUUACACUCAGGCAAGGUUGAAGAAAUACACUCUGAUUUCCAGAUGCUUAUCUCAGAAAUCACCAGUCCCAGCAACGCCUGCCUACUCAAAACUGCCAACAGGAUCUACGGGGAGAGAACUUACCCGUUUCACAAAAAAUAUUUAGAAGACAUGAAAACCUACUUUGGUGCAGAGCCACAGUCAGUGAACUUUAUGGAAGCUCCUGACCAAAUCAGGAAGGAGAUCAACUCUUGGGUUGAAAGCCAGACGGAAGGAAAAAUCCUGAAUCUCCUACCUGACGAUGCUGUGAAUUCUGCAACCAGGAUGGUUCUGGUGAACGCCCUUUACUUUAAAGGAAUCUGGGAACAUCAAUUUUUGAUCCAAAAUACCACCGAAAGGCCCUUCAGAAUAAACAAGACUACAAGCAAACCAGUGCAAAUGAUGGCGAUGAAAGAAAAACUUGAAAUUUUUCACAUAGAAAAGCCACAAGCCACGGGCCUUCAGCUCUAUUAUGAGAGCCGGGACCUCAGCCUGCUCAUACUGCUGCCAGAAGACAUCAGCGGGCUGGACCAGCUGGAAAAGGCCAUCACCUAUGAGAAGCUGAGCGAGUGGACCAGCGCAGACAUGAUGGAGUUGUAUGAUGUGGAGCUGCAUCUCCCCAAGUUUAAGCUGGAAGAGACUUACGAUCUCAAGUCGACCCUGAGCAGCAUGGGGAUGAGCGAUGCCUUCAGCCAGAGCAAAGCUGAUUUCUCAGGAAUGUCUACGGAGAGAAACCUAUUUCUAUCCAAUGUUUUCCACAAGUCUUUUGUGGAAAUAAACGAACAAGGUACGGAGGCUGCAGCUGGUACCGGCAGUGAGGUGAGCUUUCGAAUGAAACUCCCCUCCAUGGAAUUCAACGCAGACCACCCAUUCCUCUUCUUCAUCAGGCACAACAAAACUAAUAGCAUUCUAUUCUACGGGAGAUUCUGCUCCCCUUAAACCCUGCAUCUCUCUCAUCAAAUGGGAGCAUCCGACAGUGUGAAAAAUACACACAGGAUGGAAAAACCCAAUUACAAUGAAAACGAGUUUGUCGCCUGCCUCUUCUUCACAUAUAAAUAUUAGCAAAAAUACCUUGAAAUAAUGUAUUCUCGUGAUCCUAUCGUCCUAUAUAGCCAGAGAGAAUGGCAAAUUUUAUUUUUUUUAACAGUUUAUCUUAGGGUGGCCUUUAUUUACAUUUCAGAAAUUCAGUUAUUCAAUUGAAUGUCUUAACAAUUCUUGAACUACCUGCUCACUGUAUUUUCACUGUUGCUUAUAUUUCACAUGCAUCAUUCAGUAAAGAAAAAAAUUUAUAAAGGUGAACAUUGGUAAAUAAGAAUUUUCUCAAGAAUACUAUUACGAUGCUUCAUAAAUGAUCACUGUAAAAUUAAACCCCCUUUUCCUGCUAACUAUUUAAAAAAUACUUAUGUUGACGUAAAUGGAAAAACUAGUGAAAUCCAAAUGAAAUCUGGAGUUUUAAAAAAUUUACCAUGGUACUGCUAGAUGUUUGCAUCAGGGGAAACUGUUAAAAGCGUAUGGGAAUGCCCUGUAUUAACUUUGAAACUUUUCUGUGAAUUUAAAAUUAUUCCCAAAUCAAAAUUUUAUUCAAAAUAAUUAUUAUGUGUAAAAGUUGUCACACUAACGUCCUUGGUUUUAGAAAUCUUACGAACUAGAAGAGUAAAUUUCUAAUUUGUAUAAAUAUGUACUGUUAGUUAUAAGAAGAUAUUCUUAGUAAUGCUGUAUCUCCAUAAAAU